AUGAUCCACGCAGCGAGGGUUUGCAGCCCGGGGUCUACGGCGAUUAUCCGCAGUCCAGAGCCUCCGGCGAUGAUCCACGGGUCUGUGCUACAAGAGCGGACUCAGAACAGCAACUUCAUCCUUGCUAAUGCCCAGGUGUCCAAGGCCCAAGGCUUCCCCAUUGUCUACUGUUCAGAUGGCUUCUGUGAACUCACAGGCUUCUCCCGCACUGAAGUCAUGCAGAAGAGCUGUGCCUGUAAGUUCCUGUACGGCCCAGAGAGCAGCGAGACGAUCAUCCUCAGCAUCGACGAAGCCCUGGACGAACGCAAGGAGUUCAAGGAAGAGAUCAUGUUCUACAAGAAGACAGAAUGUGUUCUCAUUUCAUCCCAUCAGAAUGUGUUUGGGGACCCCCCUGCUCUGCCAGAGUACAAGGUUGCGGACGCCAAGAAGUCCAAGUUCAUCCUGCUUCAUUUCAGCACCUUCAAGGCAGGCUGGGAUUGGCUGAUCCUGCUGGCCACCUUCUACGUUGCCGUGACAGUGCCCUACAAUGUCUGCUUCAUCGGUGACGAUGACCUCACCAGGAGCACUUCAGUCAGCGACGUUGCUGUGGAGAUACUCUUUAUUAUAGACAUUGUGUUCAGCUUCCGUACCACGUAUGUGAGUAAGUCUGGUCAGGUGAUCUUCAACGCGCGGUUGAUCUGCAUCCACUACAUGACUACAUGGUUCAUCAUCGACCUGGUCGCCGCGCUGCCCUUUGACCUCCUCUACGCCUUUAAAGUCAGCGUGGUAUCAGUAGUCCACCUGUUGAAGACAGUGCGUCUGCUCCGGCUGCUGCGUCUGCUCCAGAAGAUGGACCGGUACUCCCAGCACAGCACUGUGGUGCUCACCCUGCUCAUGUCCAUGUUCGCCCUGCUGGCCCACUGGAUGGCCUGCAUCUGGUACGUCAUCGGCAAGAAGGAGAUGGAGGCAAACGCCUACUCCUGGGACAUCGGCUGGCUUCAUGAGUUGGGGAAGCGUCUGGAGUCUCCCUAUGACCCCUUGGGGGAAGUGAACGGAACGGGGCUGAGCGGUCCCUCUCUGAGGAGUGUCUACAUCGCUUCUCUCUACUUCACCCUGUCCAGUCUGACCAGCGUGGGCUUCGGCAACGUGUCGGCCAACACCGACGCUGAGAAGAUCUUCUCUAUCUGCACAAUGCUCAUCGGAGCGUUGAUGCACGCCCUGGUGUUUGGUAAUGUGACAGCCAUUAUUCAGAGGAUGUACUCUCGCUGGUCCCAGUACCACACCCGCACCAAGGACCUGAAGGACUUCAUCCGGGUCCACCACCUGCCCCAGGGCCUCAAACAGCGCAUGCUGGAGUACUUCCAGACCACAUGGUCUGUCAACAACGGCAUUGACUCCAACGAGCUGCUGAAGGACUUCCCAGACGAGCUGCGCUCCGACAUCACCAUGCACUUGAACAAGGAGAUCCUGGAGCUGUCACUGUUUGCCUCGGCCAGCAGGGGGUGCCUGCGCUCCCUGUCCCUGCACAUCAAGACUACGUUCUGCGCCCCUGGGGAGUACCUGCUGCGCCAGGGGGAUGCCCUGCAGGCCAUCUUCUUCGUCUGCUCUGGGUCCAUGGAGGUGCUGAAGGACGGCAUGGUGCUGGCUAUACUGGGUAAGGGUGACCUGAUCGGGGCCAACAUGUCUAUAGAUGACCGGGUGAUAAAGACCAACGCAGAUGUGAAGGCCCUAACCUACUGUGACCUGCAGUGUAUCAACCUGAGUGGUCUAUACGAGGUACUGGACCUCUACCCAGAGUACACCAGCCGCUUUGUCCAGGACAUCCAGCUGGAUCUCACAUACAACCUGAGAGAGGGACACGAGUGCCAUGUUAUGUCCAGAUUGUCCACCAAACCUUUGGACACACAGUCAGAGGGGAGAGGCAACGGACGAGUGAUCCGGUGCUAUCCAUCCAUCAUCGAGAACCAGGUGCAGAAGGAAGAGGAUGAGGAAGAUGAGCUGGUGUCUGUGUCUCCGGAAUCGGAGCGGAACAUCGUUCUGUACCCCAGAGUGGUGUCAUCUGGGAGGUCUCCACUAGGUAGAGCCGAGAUGGAGAGAGAGUUGCACAGUGGCAGAGAAGUAACACACCAGAACACUAGGAAACUGAGGAAGAAGAUCCAGAUCCACCAGACAGCUCUCACCAUGCUAGACCCCUCCAACCUCAGCCCUAGGGUUGUGGACGGUACAGAAGACAGUGACGGUACAGAGACGUCUCCACUGUUCUCCUUCUCUCCUAGUCGAGCCUGUCCAGUCAGCGGUCCAGGGAGCCCACCAGCCACAUCUACAGAUAUUCUCCAGAUCAGCACAGCAGAGUCAGCAGCUAAAGCUGAGGAGACCUGGGGACAACUACGACACCUAGACCAGGAGGUGAGUUCUCUGGGGAAGGAGGUGACAGAGCUGGGCCGAGUAAUGAGGAGUAUGGCUCAACUGAUGGAGUCCUUCUUCUCCGGACCCCAACCCCUCUAUCCUGCACACUGCGUACCUGGACACCAUGCAUACCUGUCCCGCACUGCGCCCCCACCCCACACCGCCCCCCCACAGUCCUACCCCUCUCAGACUGAACCUCUCUGGGCAGACACCCCCCUCACGACCCUCUCUUCCUGCAUCUCUCCGUCCUUUGGCCUGGCCAAGCGGCAUCCUGGGAUGUUCCAUGUGGAUCCCGCCCUCACCGCCAUUCCACACAGUCCCCAAGAUCUCCACCCGGCCCCCUCACGCCUCUCGCCUCCCUACCCCUCCCCCUUCUCCCUCACGGACACCUCCACAGAGCCCCUGUUGCCCUCUUCUCCUGGGACACCCCACUGUGAACGGGGAGGGGGCGCAGGAUCCUCCAGGUCACGGGCACACAGUUUGGAGACCCCACAGCCACCGUGUGACAGGAGAGGAGGAGGGGUCGUUGCAGUCACCCCUCAGAGCUCCAGAAGCCUGCCCCGCCCUGGAGGGAGCUACCAGCACAUGGAUUUAUAG